AUGGCAAGGAAAAAACUUUCUGGAUUAGAAAUCACUCUGAUAGUCCUCUUUGUUAUAGUUACUAUUAUAGCUAUUGCUUUAAUUGCUGUCUUAGCAACUUCUAAUGAAGAAAAUGAGAAUUUUGGUCCAGGCAAAUGUCCAAGUGAACUAAAUGAUCCUGUCAAUGAGAGAAUAAAUUGCAUUCCAGAACAACAUCCAACAAAGGAAAUAUGUGCUAAGCGAGGUUGCUGCUGGAGGCCCUGGAAUAACACUAUUGUUCCUUGGUGCUUCUUCGCAAGUAACCAUGGCUACCAGGCUUUAGGAAAGACAACAACAACAAGUACUGGACUUGAGGCCAAAUUAAAGAGGAUACCUUCACCUACAUUAUUUGGAAGUGAUAUUAACAAUCUUCUCCUCACAACUGAGAGUCAGACACGCAAUCGUCUCCAUUUCAAGAUUACUGAUCCAAAUGAUGCAAGAUAUGAAGUUCCUCAUCAGUUUGUAAAAAAAUUUACUGGAACUGCAGCCUCUGACACACUGUAUAAAGUAGAUGUUACAGAAAAUCCAUUUAGCAUUAAAGUUAUUAGAAAGAGCAAUGGGAAAACUUUGUUUGACACCAGCAUUGGUCCCCUGGUAUACUCUAACCAGUAUUUACAGAUCUCAGCCAAACUUGCCAAUGAAUAUAUGUAUGGUUUUGGAGAACAUAUUCAUAAAAGAUUUCGUCAUGAUUUAUAUUGGAAAACAUGGCCAAUUUUUACACGAGAUCAACUUCCUGGUGGUAAUAAUAAUAAUUUAUAUGGCCAUCAAACAUUCUUUAUGUGCAUUGAGGAUACAUCUGGAAAGUCAUUUGGUGUUUUCUUAAUGAACAGUAAUGCAAUGGAGGUUUUCAUCCAGCCUACCCCAAUAGUAACUUACAGAGUUAUUGGUGGGAUUCUGGACUUUUACAUCUUUCUAGGAGAUACUCCAGAACAAGUGGUUCAACAAUAUCAAGAGCUCACUGGACUACCAGCAAUGCCAGCAUAUUGGAGUCUUGGAUUCCAACUAAGUCGCUGGAGUUAUAAGUCGCUUGAUGAAGUGAAGGAAGUGGUAAAGAGAAAUCGGGAAGCUCGCAUACCAUUUGAUACACAGGUCACUGACAUUGACUAUAUGGAGAACAAGAAAGCCUUUACUUAUGAUAAAGUUGCAUUUAAAGGACUCCCUGAAUUUGCUGAAGAUUUGCAUGCAUAUGGACAGAAAUAUGUUAUCAUCUUGGACCCUGGAAUUGCCACAAGUAAUCUUGAAAAUGGAUCACCAUACGAAAGCCUUGUAAGGGGAAAUGCACAACAGGUGUGGAUAAAUGAGUCAGAUGGAAUUACACCACUAAUUGGAGAGGUUUGGCCAGGGUUAACAGUAUACCCUGAUUUUACUAAUCCAAGCUGCGUAGAGUGGUGGGCAAAUGAAUGCAAACUUUUCCAUGAUACAGUGAAAUAUGAUGGACUUUGGAUCGACAUGAAUGAAGUGUCUAGCUUUGUUCAAGGUUCAACAAAAGGAUGUAAUGACAACCUACUGAAUUAUCCACCUUUUACUCCAGAUAUUCUUGACAAACUCAUGUAUUCCAAAACAAUUUGUAUGGAUUCUGUGCAGUACUGGGGAAAACAAUAUGAUGUUCACAGCCUCUAUGGAUACAGUAUGGCUAUUGCCACAGAAAGAGCUGUGGAAAAAGUUUUUCCUAAUAAGAGAAGCUUUAUCCUCACCCGGUCAACUUUUGCUGGAACUGGAAGACAUGCUGCACAUUGGUUAGGAGACAAUACUGCUUCUUGGGAGCAAAUGGAAUGGUCUAUCACAGGAAUGCUGGAGUUUGGCUUAUUUGGAAUGCCUUUGGUUGGAGCAGAUAUAUGUGGAUUUGUGGCUGAAACCACAGAAGAGCUUUGCAGGAGAUGGAUGCAACUUGGGGCAUUUUAUCCAUUUUCCAGAAACCAUAAUGCUGAAGGAUAUCAACAUCAGGACCCAGCAUUUUUUGGACAGGAUUCUCUUUUGGUUAAUUCAUCAAGGCACUACUUGAAUAUUCGUUACACCUUGUUACCUUUCCUCUAUACUCUGUUUUAUAAAGCCCAUGUGUUUGGAGAAACAGUGGCAAGGCCAUUUCUUCAUGAGUUUUAUAGUGAUACCAACAGCUGGAUUGAGGAUACUCAGUUCUUAUGGGGUCCUGCAUUACUUAUUACCCCUGUCUUGAGGCAGGGAGCAGAUAUAGUGAGCGCAUACAUUCCUGAUGCCACUUGGUAUGAUUAUGAAACUGGUGCAAAAAGGCCAUGGAGAAAACAACGUGUUGAUAUGUACCUUCCAGGAGACAAAAUAGGAUUACAUAUUCGAGGAGGUUAUAUUCUUCCCAUUCAACAACCUGAUGUAACUACAACUGCAAGCCGGAAGAAUGCCCUAGGACUUAUAGUUGCAUUAGAUGAAAAUAACACAGCAAAUGGAGAUUUUUUCUGGGAUGAUGGAGAAACUAAAGAUACCAUAGAAAAUGGCAUCUACAUAAUGUAUACAUUUUCAGCAUCUAGUAACAAAUUAUAUAUUACCUGUACACAUUCAUCAUAUGAGGAAGGAACCAAGUUAGCAUUUGAGACUAUAAAAAUCCUUGGGUUGGCAGAAACUGUUACAGAUGUUACAGUGACUGGAAAUAAUCAACAAAUGAGUUACAGCUACAAUUUCACUUAUCAUCCUUCCAACCAGAGUCUCAUAAUUUACAACCUCAAGCUCAAUCUUGGAGGAAAUUUUACUGUUCAAUGGAGUCAAGUUUUCAGUGAAACAGAAAAGUUUAAUUGUUAUCCAGAUGAAGACACUGCAACUAAAGAAAAGUGUGAAGAACGCGGUUGUUUAUGGAAAAUGACUACUCCUUACUAUGGUGUACCAUCAUGUUACUUUCCUUCACAAGUCAACUCUUAUUUAGUCAGUUCAAGCCAUUAUACAUCAAUGGGUAUGACAGCUGAGCUUCAAUUGAAUACUAGAAAUGCUCGAAUAAAGCUACCUUCUGAACCCAUUUCAACUCUUCGUGUGGAAGUGAAAUAUCACAAAAAUGAUAUGCUGCAGUUUAAGAUUUAUGAUCCUCACAAAAAGAGAUAUGAAGUUCCAGUACCAUUAGACAUUCCAACUACACCAACUAGUACUCAUGAGAAUAGACUUUAUGAUGCUGAAAUCAAGGAAAAUCCUUUUGGCAUUCAGAUUCGACGAAGAAGCACAGGGAGAGUUAUUUGGGAUUCAUGCUUACCUGGAUUUACUUUUAAUGACCAGUUCAUUCAAAUAUCUACUCGCCUGCCAUCAAGCUAUUUAUAUGGUUUUGGGGAAGUGGAACACACAGCAUUUAAGAGAAAUAUGAACUGGCAUACUUGGGGAAUGUUCACAAGAGAUCAACCCCCUGGUUAUAAAUUUAAUUCCUACGGAUUUCAUCCCUAUUACAUGUCUUUGGAAGAUGACAGCCAUGCUCACGGAGUUUUCUUACUAAACAGCAAUGCAAUGGAUGUUACAUUUCAGCCAACUCCCGCUCUAACUUACCGAACAAUUGGAGGAAUCUUGGACUUUUAUAUGUUUUUGGGCCCAACUCCAGAAGUUGUAACAAAACAAUAUCAUGAAGUAAUUGGCCCACCGGUAAUGCCACCAUAUUGGGCUUUGGGAUUCCAAUUAUGCCGUUAUGGGUACAGAAAUACUUCAGAGAUUCAGCAACUAUAUGAUGAAAUGGUGGCUGCUCAGAUCCCUUAUGAUGUUCAAUACACAGAUAUUGAUCACAUGGAAAGGCAACUAGACUUUACAAUUGGUGAAAGUUUCCAUGACCUUCCUCAGUUUGUUGACAAAAUAAGAAAUGAAGGAAUGAAAUACAUUAUUAUCCUGGAUCCAGCAAUUUCAGGAAAUGAAACAGAGAGUUAUUCUGCAUUUGAAAAAGGACUGGAGAAAGAUGUCUUUGUCAAAUGGCCUAAUAGUGAUAUUUGUUGGGGAAAGGUUUGGCCAGAUUUGCCCAAUGUAACAAUUGAUGAAAGUCUAAGUGAAGAUGAAGCUGUUAAUGCUUCAAGAGCUCAUGUAGCAUUUCCAGAUUUCUUUAAGAAUUCUACAGCAGAAUGGUGGGCAAAUGAAAUUGCAGAUUUCUACAAUAAACAGAUUAAGUUUGAUGGUUUGUGGAUUGAUAUGAAUGAGCCAUCAAGUUUUGUACAUGGAUCAGUUACUAAUCAAUGCAGGAGAGAAGAGCUAAAUUAUCCUCCUUAUAUCCCAGCACUCACAAAAAGAACUGAAGGAUUGCAUUUCAGAACUUUGUGUAUGGAAACUGAGCAUAUUCUAAGUGAUGGAUCAUCAGUUUCACAUUAUGAUGUUCACAAUCUAUAUGGGUGGUCACAAGCAAAACCUACUUAUGAUGCAUUGCAGAAGACAACUGGCAAAAGGGGAAUUGUUGUUUCUCGUUCCACAUAUCCAACUGCAGGGCGGUGGGCAGGACACUGGCUUGGAGAUAACUAUGCAGAAUGGGACAAUUUGGACAAAUCAAUCAUAGGUAUGAUGGAAUUUAGUCUCUUUGGGAUAUCUUAUACUGGAGCAGAUAUCUGUGGUUUCUUCAACAAUUCAGAAUAUCAACUCUGUGCCCGCUGGAUGCAACUUGGAGCAUUUUAUCCAUACUCAAGAAAUCACAACAUUGCAUUUACUAGAAGACAAGAUCCUGUUUCCUGGAAUCAAACUUUUGCUAACAUGUCAAGGGAAAUUCUAAAUAUUAGAUAUACUUUAUUGCCCUAUUUUUAUACACAGAUGCAUGAAGUUCAUGCUAAUGGUGGCACUGUCAUCCGACCCCUUUUGCAUGAGUUCUUUAAUGACACAGUAACCUGGGAUAUAUACAAGCAGUUCUUGUGGGGUCCGGCAUUUAUGGUUACUCCUGUAUUAGAAGCUGAUACCGAAGUUGUAAAUGGCUAUGUCCCUUAUGCUCGCUGGUUUGAUUACCAUACAGGUGAAGAUAUUGGUCUCAGAGGAACAUUUAAUGAAUUUAAAGCUCCUUUAUAUACAAUAAACCUACAUGUUCGUGGUGGUCACAUCUUACCAUGUCAAGAACCUUCCCGAAAUACAUUUAACAGCCGAAAAAAUUUCAUGAAGCUAAUUGUUGCUGCUGAUGAUAUGCAGAUGGCACAAGGAUCUUUGUUUUGGGAUGAUGGGGAAAGCAUAGAUACUUAUGAAAAAGAUCUGUAUUCCUUGGUACAGUUUAAUUUAAACAAGACCACCUUAACAAGCACUAUAUUGAAAAAUGGUUACAUAGAGAGAAGUGAAAUGAGACUUGGAUUCAUCAGUAUAUGGGGAAAAGGAAAGACUUCUGUAAAUAAUGUUAAUCUCCUAUAUAAUGGAAGAUAUGAGACGCUUACAUUUUCUGAAGAACCAGACAAGGAGAUAUUAAAUAUUGAUCUGAAAAUGAAUAAUGUUGUUCUAGAUGAACCAAUAAAAAUCACCUGGUCUUGAAGAUCAUCAUCAAUUUAAGUUGACACAGCAAAAUAGACACCUGGAUUUAAAUUCCAUGAUGCUUUAAAUUUUCCCUCUUACUUAGUUUCUUAUAUCCCAUGAAAUAUAUUAAA